AGUUUGCUGUGUCUCUCACCCUCAUAUCUGCCGGUGAGUAAAGCAUUUCUCGGGGACACAUUCUGUGUGUUUAUUCUCCUGUGUAAAGACAGUUUUAUCCAUUCUGCAUUAUAAUGGCAUCCCAGUUUGCAAUAAGUGAAGCAGAGGUGAACGAGAUGAACAGCAUCAUGCACUCAGGCAUGGUCACUGAUGUGCUGGCAAAAGUGGAAUACAUGCUUGAACAGAUGAAAUCUGUGCCUCUGAACAUUGCAGUUACAGGAGAGUCAGGUGCAGGCAAGUCUUCUUUCAUCAAUGCUUUCCGUGGGGUUUCUGAUGAUGAACCUGAAGCAGCAGAGACAGGUGUAACAGAAACCACUCAGAAGGCCUUACCAUACUCACAUCCCACUGCUAGUAAUGUCUUGCUGUGGGACCUGCCAGGGAUUGGGACUCCCUCUUUUCAGCCUGGAACCUACCUGGAGGAUGUCGGCCUUCUAAAAUAUGAUGUCUUCAUCAUUGUCACAGCUGACCGGUUUCAAGAGUACCAUUCUGCACUGGCUCAAUAUAUAAUGCAAGCUCAAAAGAAGUUUUAUUUCGUCAGGAACAAAGUGGAUCGGGAUUUGAAGGCAAACGCUCGGCGCAAGAGUCAGAGAGGUUUGUCAGAUGAUGAUGUCUUGAACCUCCUCCGUGUAGACUGUGAAAAGAAUUUAGGAAAUGGUCAAGUGGAACGACCAAAGGUUUUUCUACUCUCCUGCUUUCAUCCACACCGCUAUGACUUCCCUGUACUCCAGAUGACCUUGCUACAAGAGCUGGAGGGACACAAGAGACAUGCCCUACUCUUGUCAAUACCCAAUCUCAGUGCAUCAUUAAUACAAAGCAAACGGGAGGCACUAGCUCAAGAUGUGUGGAAGAAAGCAAUCGUGGCAUGCUUGAGCAGUUUGAAAAAGGAUGGCACUCCCAAUCUCAUUGUUCCUAAACUGAUGGAGACUUUAAAACAUUACCAGCAAACAUUCUGUGUAGAUGCGAAAUCUCUUCAUCGAUUGGCUAAUAUAACAGACAUAUCAUUUGAGAAGCUUCAGAGUGAGGUAACCUCCACUUUUGGCAGAGAGCUGUUAGCACAGGAAGUGGAGAACUUGCUAAGUCAGGUAGCUUCAGGGCAUCAACUCAUGGCUAAUCAGCUGGAGAGCAGAGUCCCAAUCUUGGGCACUAUCAUUACAGGUGGGAUUUCCUUUGUGGCCUGCUACCUACUGCUGAAAUCUGCCUUAAAGGAUAUGAGUGAAGAUGGAGAAAGAGUGAUGGAGAAAUCCCUUCUUAACAGUGUAGGAAAUGGGUGCCCGCCCCACCGCCCAUCGUGGUCAGUUUGCAGCAAGGGCGGAAUGAAUUUAUAAGUUGCCAGCCCCACGGGCGGUCCCUCUUUGAGGGGAUCCAUCGUUCUCUCGAUAUUUCAUCAUAUUGAAGAGUUGCCUGCCCUGUGGUCUGGCUGAUAUUUUCCAUGAAUUUCCUACACUGUUCUUAACUGUGUACAGAGGGAUUGACAUGAAUAUAUGUAUGACUUGGAUUAUUUUUAUUAAACAAUAUUUUUUUUGGUCAAAAA